CAAGGAGAGAGGCAAGUGCCUCCCUGUCAGCCUCCCCCCUGCGCCGCGCUCCCUCCUCCCUGCCAUGCAGAUUUGCAGUUGUCUGGGCGUUGUUAAUUUCCAGGAGCAGGAGGAAGAGGAUUGGUGUUUGCGGGGCUAUAAAAGGGAAGAGCCAGGCGCAUUGUCCUCCCCCCUUUUCUGUGCAUCACCCACCCAGACUCGUCCAUUCCCUGUCUGCAUCUCCCUCGCAGCCUCACCAUGAGCUACGGCAGCGACCUGCUCUACCCACUCUCCUCCUUUAAGAAGAUCUUCGGGGAAACCUCUCGCCUCUCUAGCAGAGUCUACAGCAGCUCGUCUGCUCCCCGGGCUGCCGGCUACCGCGCCCACCAUGCCAGGGACUCCUACCCCUCCUCCUAUCGCAAGCUGGCCGUGCCCAGCUCCGUGGACCACCUGGAGCUGCUCUCCCAGUCCAGCGCGGUGAGCAACGAGCUGAAAAUCGUGCGCACCAACGAGAAGGAGCAGCUGCAGGGGCUCAACGACCGCUUCGUGACCUACAUCGAGAAGGUGCACCAGCUGGAGCAGCACAACCGGCUGCUGGAGGCCGAGGUCUCCCUGCUGCGCCAGCGCCAGGCGGAGCCCUCCCGCCUGCAGCAGCUCUACGAGCAGGAGAUCCGCGAGCUGCGCGCCAAGGUGGAGGAACUGCGCCACGAGGGGGACGAGGCGCAGCUGGAGAGCCAGCAGCUGGCGCAGGGGCUGCAGCGACUGCGGGAGCAGUGCCAGGAGGAGGCGCGCCGGCGGGAGGAGGCCGAGCUGGCCCUGCGCGAGUAUAGGAAGGACGUGGACCACGCCACCCUGGGCCGGCUGGAGCUGGAGAAGAAGGUGGAGUCGCUGCUGGACGAGAUCGCCUUCCUCCGGAAGGUGCACGAGGAGGAGGUGGCGGAGCUGCAAGCCUCGCUGCAGGAUGCGCAGGUUUCGGUGGAGGUGGACGUGAGCAAGCCUGAUCUCACAGCCGCCUUGAAGGAGAUCCGCAUGCAGUACGAGGUCCUUUCUGCCCGGAACCAGCAGUCUGCUGAAGAGUGGUACAAAUCUAAAUUCGCCAACUUCACUGAGGAGGCAGCUCGCAGCAGUGACAGCAUCCGCCAGGCCAAGGAGGAGAUCACAGAGUAUCGGCGCCAGCUGCAGGCCCGUAACAUCGAGAUCGAGGCUCUGAGGAAUGCCAAUGAGUCCCUGGAGAGGCAGCUGCAGGAAGUGGAGGAGAGGAGCAAUGGGGAGAUCCAUAAUCUGCAGGAAACUAUUAACCAGCUUGAAAAUGCUCUAAGGACGACCAAGGGAGAGAUGGCUCGUCACCUCCGAGAGUACCAAGACCUGCUGAAUGUGAAGAUGGCCCUCGAUAUUGAAAUAGCUGCAUACAGGAAAUUACUGGAAGGGGAGGAAACUCGGCUAAGCACUGUCAGCAGCGGGAACACCUUCGGCCUUGGCUACACGUUCUCAUCUGGCCCUUUCUCCGGUGCAAAAGCCUUCUCUACCAGCACAGUCACUGUCAAGAGGGAGGAGAAGCAAGACCUGCAGGAAAGCAUCAAGGAUCCCAGACUUUCAGAGGAGCCGAAGCCUGCUGAGGAAGAUCAGCCUGGAGAAGAAAAGGCUGAAACCAUCUCAGCCAAGAACUAAACUGGAGUGAAGUCACUAUGCGCCUCCCCAGGGGGAAAAGGAGUCCCUCACAGGCGAGAGAUUACGUUGUGUUCUAAUGUAACCAAUUACAGUAAUACUGAGCGGCAGCCUGGUCCAGUGGCUAGUGCUCUGGACUGGGACUCGGAGACCUGAGUUCUAGUCCCAGCUCUGCC